AUGUUUGCAACGAAACAACAUCUGCAGCAUUUCAAACUAAAUAUCACUGUGUUAAAUUUAAAAGGGCUUUAUUCUCGAAAAAUUCACUCAAUCGUGUAUAAAAUAUAUUUAGUUAUCAUGUACGUUGCUGCAUUUAUGCCCACAGUGGUGCUAAACUCGCUUCAUUUUCUCUUCACGGAAGAUUUCGCAGCUAGUGAAUUUAUUAUGGAAGGCUUCACGUUAAUGCCGUUCCUUAUAAAAACCUCUAAAAUCCAGAAUUGCGUUAAUUAUUUUGACACCAUCAAUAUCAUUUUAAGUAAUGAUGUAAAAUUUUUUGAAGAUUGUGUUGGGAGUUGUCGCAAUACAAAUAUUUUUUUUAAUGAAUGUUCGGUAAGGUGGAUGGGUUUUGUUACACAAGUUGUACUUCGUAAAGAUCCUGAAGAGAUUCCAUUAAAAAUGUGGUUUUGGGUUAGCAGUCAUGACAAACCCAUGCUGUAUUAUUUUAUUUAUUGGCUUCUUAUUUUUGGUUAUUCAGAUUUUGCUUGUGGCACAAUUGACUCUAUGAUUGGAGGACUGAUUUAUCACGCAACUGCUCAACUUCAAAUUCUCAAAAGAAAUUUACAAUAUAUUGACGAAUAUAUUAAUGAAAAAUACAAAGACAAAAGUUCAACAAGUUGUAAUGUUACUUAUGAAGAAAUAAUUAAAUGUGAUUUUCGUUAUCAAAAAAUUGCAACUUAUGUCGAUGAGUUAGUUAAAGACUCUUUUUCCCAUGUCUUUUGUAACCAACUUGUCGGUCGUGUUUUCUUGAUUGGGUUGUGUGGCUUACAAGUAAUCAGAGUAAUUAGGACAAUUGAGUCACCAAUAUAUCUAAAUUAUCUGCGGGUCAUAUUCUUUAAAAAAGCUCAGUAAAUAUUUUUCUUAUUAUAGAAUUAUACUCUGAUCACUGCC